AUGUCUACUACAAUAAAAUCAGCAAACGUGAGUUUGAAGCCUAUUGAAGUACCAAAGGCUUUGCAAGAAGGAGAAAAAUUUAUUAAGUGGGAUGAGGAUUCUGGCGCUGGUCUUCCUGUUACGCUACGCGUUGAUCCCAAGGGCUUCUUUUUGUUUUGGACCGACCAGAACAUGGAGGUGGAGAUGCUGGACAUAGCUACCAUCAGAGAUGUACGAACAGGAGUCCAUGCAAAAGUGCCUAAGGAUCAAAAGAUUCGGAACGUGGUGCUGAUCGGGUCGCAAGGUUCAUUGGAGGAGAAGACAGUAACAGUAUGUUACGGCGCCGACUUUGUCAACGUCACUUUCGUGAACUUUUGCUGUACUAGAAAGGAUAUUGCUCAGAUGUGGACCGACGAACUGUUCGCGCUCGCGUACAACUUGAAUCAGCUGAACAAUCCAACCAUCAAGUUUCUUGAGAAGCUGCAUACGAAGAUCGUCCUCAAGGCGGACAAGUCGGGAAAAAUACUUGUCAAAAACAUAGUCCGACUGUUCGCCCAGAACAAAGAGGACAAAAAGCGAGUGGAGAAAGCACUCAGCGAGUCCGGCCUGCCGACUGGCAAGAACGACACCAUCAGCCAGUCCAAGUUCCAGUUUGAAGAUUUUUUCGCCUUCUAUAAAAGCCUUACGCAGCGCACCGAAGUACAGAAGAUCUUUAAUAGUCUCACAGACAACAAGCCCCACUUGUCGGCCAACCAGUUGGUCGACUUCCUGAACGACGUGCAACGGGACCCACGACUUAACGAGAUAUUGCAUCCGUAUGCCGACAUCCAGCGCGCUAAGGACCUCAUUAAAACCUACGAGUACAAUAAGUAUCAUCAACAGAGAUCACAGCUGACCUUCGACGGAUUCCUCAGGUUUCUAAUGUCUGAGGACAACCCGAUAGUGGCGCCCAGCAAGUUGGACCUAUGCGACGACAUGGAGCAGCCGCUUGCGCACUAUUUCAUCAACAGUUCGCACAACACCUACCUCACCGGUCACCAAAUCACCGGCAAAUCUAGCGUCGAGAUAUAUAGGCAGAGUCUGCUCGCUGGAUGCAGAUGCGUGGAAUUGGACUUCUGGAACGGCCGCACAGAAGAGCCGGUCAUAGUUCACGGGUACACGUUCGUGCCGGAGAUAAGCGCGCGCGAAGUCCUGGAGGCGAUCGCUGAGAGCGCUUUCAAGACGUCCGACUUCCCGGUUAUCCUGAGCUUCGAGAACCAUUGCAAUCCUCGACAACAGGCCAAGAUCGCCAACUACUGCCGGGAUAUCUUCGGUGAUAUGCUUCUCGAUCGUCCACUCGACUCGCAUCAACUCGAACCAGGAGGGGAACUCCCGCCACCAUCACUGCUUCGCCAUAAGAUAAUAAUUAAGAACAAGAAAAAGCAUCACCACCACCAUAAGAAGGAAGGCUCGGUGGGAUCUGAAGACUUUGAGGCACGCGAACAAGCACCCUCGCAAGGAAACGGCGAAAUAGCGCAUGGACCGCUUACACGACAGGGUUCAAAGGAGUCGUCCGAAUCUUCGGAAUCCGAGUCGUCGUCGGGCGAGGAGGAAGGCGAUGUGCCCGGCGAGGGCGCCGCGGGCGGGGCGCCCGGCGUCGCGCCGGAGACGCACGCGGCGGCCGAGAUCUCCGCGCUCGUCAACUACGUGCAGCCCGUGCACUUCAGCUCCUUCGAGAAUGCCGAGAAGAAGAACCGCUUCUACGAGAUGUCCUCGUUCGACGAGAAGCAGGCUACCACGCUGUUGAAGGAACGACCCAUAGAGUUCGUCAACUACAACAAACACCAGCUCUCCCGAGUCUAUCCGGCGGGGACGCGCUUCGAUUCUUCAAAUUUUAUGCCUCAGGUAUUCUGGAACGCGGGUUGCCAGCUGGUGGCGCUCAACUUUCAGACGCUGGAUCUGGCGAUGCAGCUGAAUCUUGGCGCAUUCGAGUACAAUCGGCGGUGUGGUUAUAUAUUAAAACCUGAAUUUAUGCGGCGGAAGGAUCGCAGACUGGACCCGUUCGCGGAGAGCACGGUGGACGGCAUCAUCGCGGGGUCGCUGUCGGUGACGGUGCUGUCGGGGCAGCUGCUGACGGACAAGCGCUGCGGCACCUACGUCGAGGUGGACAUGUUCGGCCUGCCCGCCGACACCGUGCGCAAGAAGUUCCGCACGCGCGUCGCGCCCAACAACGCCAUCAACCCCGUCUACGGGGACGAACCCUUCGUCUUCAAGAAGGUAAAUAUUAUUAAAAUAUAA